AGGGAGAGAGAGGGGUGGAGGACCUGGAAUGGAGGCCGAUGGAGGGAUUGGCAGAGGGGGGUGGAGGACCUGGAAUGGAGGCCGAUGGAGGGAUUGGCAGAAAGGGGGUGGAGAGCACUUAGUGGAGGCUGGGGAGGGAUCAGUGGAGAGAUGGCAGAGAUGGGUGGAGGACACUGAAUGGAGGCCGGCAGAGGGAUUGGUGGAAAGGGGCAGAGGACACUGAAUGGAGACAGGUGGAGGGCACUAAGUGGAGGCUGGGGAGGGAUUGGCAGAGAUGGGUGGAGGACACUGAAUGGAGGCCAUGGAGGGAUUGGCAGAGAGGGAUGGAGGACACUGAAUGGAGGCCAGUGGAGGGAUUGGCAGAGAGGGGUGGGGGACACUGAAUGGAGGUCAGUGAAGGGAUUGGCAGAGAGGGGUGGAGGACACUGAAUGGAGGCCAGUGGAGGGAUUGGCAGAGAGGGGGAUGGAGGACACUGAAUGGAGGCCAGUGGAGGGAUUGGCAGAGAGGGGGAUGGAGGACACUGAAUGGAGGCCAGUGG